GAACCACACCAUUCAUGGGCCCCUUUUACUCUCUCUCUAAGAUGUGAUUCUCAUCUCUAUCAUCAAGAAAACCUUUCAAGUCACUAUUUUUCUUCACUCAAGUCAUACAGAGAGAAAGUGUGAGAAAAAGGAGAGAUAGAACCCAAUUAAACUUGAAAAGCCAUUGAUUUCAUUUUCAUAAUUUUGUUAACCUUUUUGUGUCAACGAAAAUAUCAGAAGAAGAAGCAAAAACAAAGAGUCACCAUAUUCUCAAGAAACACUCAUCAGAUCUACUAAAAAGAGUUGAAUACCUUUUAAAGGAUCUUGAAUUUCAUCGGCAUCCUCUUGUCAAGAACCCAUUUUCAGAAAAAAAAAAAAUCGAACACCUUUUGAAGAUCUUGAAUUAGGUCAUCAAUUUUCUAAAGAACGGAUAUAUGUAUAACAAAGUUUAAUACUUUUGAUGAAUACGUCGACGAGGACAAGCUCUGUCCAAGAACCGACCGAGAACGGAGCUAGUGGCUCCGACAACAACAACUUCAACUCGGCGAUGAAAGAGCACAUGUUCUACAAAGUGCUAACACCAAGCGACGUAGGGAAACUAAACCGGCUUGUGAUACCAAAGCAACAUGCAGAGAACUACUUCCCUUUAGAGGACAAUCAAACCGGCACGGUACUGGAUUUCGAAGACAGAACCGGAAAGACAUGGAGGUUUCGCUACUCGUAUUGGAACAGUAGCCAGAGUUACGUGAUGACUAAAGGAUGGAGCCGUUUCGUCAAAGAGAAGAAACUCGACAGGGGAGACACCGUCUCGUUCCACCGUGGACAUGUCCCUGGCGAAAACGAGCCGGAGAAACGAAUAAACAUAUUGUACAUUGACUGGAGGCAUAGAGCCAACAGAAACCUCGUACACAACAUUAACUAUCAUCACUACCCGUUGUUGGGGUCUUCACCUUAUCCAACGGCUAGUUAUUAUCCUCAUUACCGAAGGUUUCCACCAUUUUAUCAAGAGAGGGAGUUUUUAGGGUAUGGUUAUGGUAGAAUUGUUCAUGGACCGUUGGAUCAUCAUCUUCAUCAGUGGAAUCUUGGUAGAUCUGAGCCGUUGGUUUAUGACUCGUAUCCUGUUUUUCCGACGAUGAGGUUUACUUCGUCGUCCGCAAUGUUGUCGCCUUCUCUUCCUUCUCAGCCACCGACGGUGAAGAAGGUAAGGCUGUUUGGGUUUGAUGUGGAGGAGUCUUCUUUUUCAGGUGGCGAAAUGAGUGUUGCUGGAUACUCUCCGUCUUCUCCAGUUGUGAUCAGAGAUGAUGAAUCAGCUUGGAGGUCGUCACGUGGCCAAAUGGGUGCGUCAUCGUCUUCUUCGGUUAUGCAGUUGACCUGUGAUGAAGAAUAUCAAAGGAAAGGGAAGUCUGUAGAAAAAUAAGUAAUCUACUUCAUAAUAAUGUAAUUUGACAAUUGGGGGAUUAUAACAUAGUGAGGAAUUUAAAGAUGUGUGGUUUGAGCUUUGGUUUCAACAUGCUAGUUCUUGAGCCCUAGUUGCCAUGUUGAAUGAACCCAUCUUUCAGUAUUGUAAUAAAUUAAU